AUGUGGGAUGUGGUGAUGUAAUGUCAGCCGUUGCUUUCACCGGAAAAGCAAAACCACAGCGAAACCUGGCAGAACAGCAACGUCGCACAGUCAUUUGGGUCCGGUUACACUUGGAAGAACUCGACAAACAGGUUGUGGAACCGCCUUCGGAGCCCGAAACCACCUCUAUAUAAAGUCGCGCCCGUCUCCACAGCACCAGAAGAACACCAACAUUAACAAAAAAAAGGGGAAAACUGAAGAACCGAACCCAGCUUCCAGAUUUACAAGACAGCCAAUCCUCGCUGCAGCAUUACGCUUCCGUAAGCCGAUCAGAUUAAAAGCAGCGCACUCACAGAGGAAGAACACGUCAAGAAACUGCUUUUUUUUUUUUGUUCCUGACCGGAUACAACUCUCGCCAAGAUGAUGAUGCAGCUGUCAGAAACCCCCAGCCCCCAGAAAAACAACCUCUUCAACGCCAUGAAUCGCUUCAUCGGCGCCGUGAACAACAUGGACCAGACCGUCAUGGUGCCCAGCCUGCUGCGGGACGUUCCGGUGGACGAGGACAGCGAGAUGAGCUCCCUGAAGUCGGACUUGGACGAGGGAGACAUGUACAGCUACUACCAGCUGCUCAAGUCCAUCCGCAGGGACAUCGAGUGGGGGGUCCGGUGCGCCGCAGCCGACGAGAGGCGCAAGGAGAGCAUGAUGAUCACCCGCACCAACUCUUCCGUAUCCACGUCCUCCUCCGCAUCAUCCGAGGAGGACGAGGAGGAGGACGAGGAUCUGGAGAAGCAGUUCCAGUUCCAUCUGACCGGGCUUCAAGGGGUGCUGUCCAAGCUCACGCAGCAGGCCAACUGCCUCACCAAGCGCUACAAAAAGGAGAUUGGGAUCGGAGGAUGGGGCCAGUAAACCCAGAGCGCACAAGACACUCAAAGCUCAGACUUUAUAUAUAUAUAUUUUUUAUAACUUGAGAGGCUGAACUGACUUCUAUCCAUAGGCCUCGCUGCUGCUGAUGUUACUACUGAUGAAAGGUUUGGAUGGUAGAGAAGAAGGCAGCUUUUCCUGUCUACAGGCCUGCAUGGUGUUGGUCUACUCUGUGGUACUGACUGUAGAUGUGCUGAUCCUGAAGAAAGCAUUUGUGUACUUCUUACUUGACUCCUGUCCUUUUGCACUCUACAGUGUUGUACACAGUAUGCAUUCCGCUCAUGUGAUGCACAGAUGAAACAUAAUUUAAACCUUUAUUUAAUGUGUAUUUAUUACCUCACACUGUACAUUUGAGAGCCAAAUGUUAUUUCAAAGUUGGAGAAGAAGUGGACUGUGUGAUCUACAGGACCUGUCCUCUGAACCGCCCCUCUGAAGGGGGAUGCUGACAAAAGAUUGAGCGUCCUGGCUGUGAUGCUGAUGAUGUUAGUGUGUUCAGAUGGGCUGCUCUGUGUCUGAUCAUUGUUCCUUUCAAUCUGAUGUGUUUUUUUUUUUCAAUUGGGCUUUUCUAAGAAGGAGGCAGAUGCUUACUGUAGCUGCCCAUGAUCUCCUAAUGUCCUACAUGGUCAAUGAACUGGAAUCAACUGAUAAUUCUUCUGCGUGUAGAAUAAUGAGGCUUUUUCCAUGAGACGCAUUGUUGUUUUUGUCCUAUAACCUAUUUGCUGUUAUCAUAUUAUUAUGUCCCAUCUGUCAAGAUAAGCCAGUGCUUCUCUCUGCACCUUUUACACGGUUUUUGUACUGAUAUUUGUUUCCAGAAUAAACUUUUAUAUAAACUUA